UACGAUAUUCGAACCAAGGAAUCUUAUAGCGCAACGAUGGAGCAGUUUGACAAUAUAAUUGGUCUGAAGUAUCUCAAGGCUUUUCAUCUCAAUGACUCCAAACGUGGCCUUGGAUGUCGUGUGGAUCGCCACGAGGACAUAGGCAGAGGAAGGAUAGGAAAGAGAGGGUUCAAGUGGAUUAUGGAUGAUGAAAGAUUAGAUGGUAUUCCAAUGAUUCUUGAAACUCCUGGAGGGGAUUACCCGCGAGAAAUGAUCACUCUUUACUCGCUCGAGCAUUGA